AAUUUAAUAGAAAAUUACUAGUUAGUACAUGUAUUAAGUACUCGGUGUAAACUAGGCCAAUGCGGAGUAGGCCUUAUAUUAUCGCGACGGCUGAUAAUCGUCCCUGAAUUCGGCCGACGAGUCAAGUUGAAGGGGAAAGCGUUCCAGUGAGGAGUGGCUCGCGAGCCACAAGCCCACACAAGUCUGUGUAUCAUAAACCUUAUGUAAUUGCGACUAACUCUCAUCAGGCAUUAAUUGGCAAUUCAGAAUUCGCGCGUAUCUGAUCGCAUCGCCUUUGGGAUGCGCAAUCGGUAACUGGUCGUUCGCCGAGGACGCUAUCGGUCAUUGGCGGAUUGGCAACGACGCUAUCGCCGAUUGGUCGUCUGAUAUAUCGCGUCUAGUGUUGGUUCGCGCCCGGUAUUCCUACGCCUUGGAGUGUGAAUGCGCGCGCCGACUCGCAUGAAGAAGUAAUUGAAGAAAAAAUGGUCGACCUGUAAGAUCCCGCACGUUCUGAUCCGUGAGUCAAGUCCAAUCCGUUCAUCUGUACGUUUGUAGUCAAAAUCCCAAAAUCUGUAAUAGUGUAGUCCUUUUCCGUAAAAAAAUAAACUUUAUUGUAACUCGGUCAGAGAAAGUCAGUGUUUUCUUUUUCGCCCGUACCGCUAUUGCGAAGACACGUGUGGGAGGCGAAACGCCGUGGCCCUGAAUCCGCCAUAUGUAACAGUCUGCCAAGCCUGCAAUAGCUCUUUGUGAUGAGAGUGCCACAUGUUUGAUUAAAACAGUACCAAGAAAAAUUAAGAAAAAUUAAUUAAGUGAUCCGAGUUCAGUUCAAUUAUCGAAGUUCUGCUUUAAAAAAACGUACAAUAAGUAUAAAUUAUAACCGUACUAAUAUCACUUGCAAAUGGGUUGGUACGUUGUCAAAUUUGAAAAUGAAGAUGCAGUUGAAGCAGUACCAAAAACUUGGUACUCAAAAGAUACAAAAGAGUGCGAGUGGCCUCCUUCACAUUGGAAUUCAAAGAAAAUUAAUGAUUUUAUAAAAUUAAGAAAAGCACCACAAGAUGACUGGAAUCAUCAUAAAGUUGUUAUUUUAGGGAGCUACGAAGAUCUAUCUGUUGCUCAACGAAAAGCGAAUAAGGCCAAACAUACGUCUGAUCUUUCAUCGCAAAAUGAACAAUUAAGAAAACAGCGACAUCAUAAACGAGGAAAGACUAAAAAGAAAUUAACAAGACAUUUAUCUGAUAUCGAAUCUUCUGAUUUGUCACGAUCUGAUUCAGAUACUAAUAUUUAUCCCUCUCCAAGCUCCCUUAUAACAAAUGAUAAUAACUUAGUUCAAAAUCUGCCAGUCGAGAGUGUAACUAAAUUAACAACUGAAUGUGACAUUUCUCGAAAAAUAGAUACAGGCUUUCAGAAGCAAGUGUUGAAAGAACUGAACGCUAUACACUUGAAAUUGAACGAUGUGAUGGAAAGUAUGGCCCUUUUAUUACAAAAUAAAAAAAUUCAAGAUGAGCCGACGAUAACCGUCAAUGAUAUUCCAGAUGUCGUACAUCUAUUUCCAGUAAAUGAACAAACAUUAGCUGAAUUAGAACAGUGGCUUAACGUUGAUACUGAAAAUAAAAAAAAAUUGAUUAUGGAAUUAAGUCGCGUCGGGGGCUUAAAUGUUAAAGAAGUCACGAGAAGAAUUAUGUACAGAGUCUUCACAAAUGAAGUUGGAACAAUGUAUUCCUGGGAAGGUGCUAAAAAAAAGAAAAUCUUCAAAAAUCUAGCGAUAGCUUCGGUCAUUUUGGGUGCUGUUCGAUUUUGCAAAAGCAGUUCAACCGAGGCAGAAGUAAUCAGCUUCAUCAAAGCUUGGCUAGUUAGAUGCAAAGAUCGCAUCCGUAAUGCCACUAAAAACGUGAACAAUAUAGCAAUCGAAGAGAACAACGAAGAAACAGUGAAUGAGACUGAUGCACAAGUUUAAACAAAGUAUUUAUAUUAUUCUAAAAUCUAAGUUUGUUACGAUGGUUAAAUAUUUAUUUGAAUUUUAUGUACACUAUCGCUUAUAAUUCCAGCAUAUUUCUUAUAAUACUAUUUUUACCAACUUUUCGAGACUUAAUAAUUUGAUAAUUUACAAGUAUAUUGCAUUAUGUUUGUUUAAAACUGUGAAAAAGCGCUACAAAUAUUUCAUGAUUGUUUUCUUUUUUCAUAUUAAUUUGAAACCUUUGAGUAAACAAAUACUUGUGAGCGUUAGUGUAUACAAGUCUAAAGAUCCAAAGUAUUAAGACUCCUAAAUAUUUUUUUUGUUUUAAGUAAUAAGUCUUACUUUUGGUAAUAAGUAAAGUAUAAUUUAAAAGUUUAUAUUUGUUCAAGAUAUAUGUGAUAAAAAAAUAUAUGUGAUAACAAGAGAUUUAUAUAACUCUCAAAGGUAUACAAAAUAUAUACUUUUAAUCCCUGUCAAACAUGCAAUUUUAUUUAAAAGAAAAAAGAGAUUUAAUUUUGACGUUAUAAAUAGUUUUCUUAUUUUUUAAUUUUAUCAUAUAUACGUCUUUACGAAUUAAUUUCUUUAUUAUAUGAAACACGUUUUUUAUGUUUACAGAUAAUGAGUCAAUUUAGUAGUUCUUCUUAAAUUUACUAUUCUAUAUAUUUUAUGUUUCUUUGGUUUGUAAAUAUAAUUUAAAUUUAUAUUGUUUGAAUUAUAUACUAUGUACUAAUUGUGAAAUUUAAAAGUUUUGUAAAGUAUUCAAAUAAUUAUUUUACAAAAUAAAACUGGCGUACCUUUAUUAAAACACUUCUU